GUGCAAGUAACGACAUGGCGAAAUAACAGCUGUGGUUCUCGAUGGGCGUCAAGCAUUUUCCGCGCUAGAGAACAGAUCCGUAGCUGAGUGAUUUGAAAGCUAAAGAUCAAGUGUUCUAAAGGCGAUCAAGCGGAACCAAUGAGAUGUGGCGUGAGUGAAGUCAGCUGGAAAACCGGUCACGUGAUGCGAUAUAAUGACAACACGUCCAUCGAUAUUGUUUAGUUGAUUCAAAUUCAAACAAGCGAGCGAAAUGAAAACCUAGUGACAUUCAAUCGUGAAAAGAGUCGUUUUUAAUUCUUUCCGAUCAUAUUUCUAGACAUCAUGGAUGGCUUAUAUCUUAAAAUAACUCAAGAUUUUGCACCCGAUCCUAAAGAAGCCAGGUUUGGUGGCAAAGAUUCGCCGAUGGCGGUUGAAAAAGGUGAUAUUAUUUUCGACGUUCGUAAAAGAGGAGACGGAUGGAUGUAUGGCAAAAAUUUGAACAGUGGAAAAACUGGAAAAUUUCCUGAGAGUUGUGCGGCAAAACUGACUGGAAAUAAUAAAAAAGGGAGCGGUUCAGGAAGUCCUGAUACAGAGACUAAUAGCGAUGAAAAACCGGCUGCAAAAGAUGACAAGAAGCCCGCAUGGCUUCAAAAUCGAACAACUACGCCUACAGUUAGAAAAACGCCACUUUACCCGAAACCAUUUGCCGGAAGUAUGAAACAACCACAAGAGAAAGCGAAAGAAGAACGAAAAGAAACGUCGGGAGAUUCAGGAGUUGUAGAAGAUUCUGUAGAUGGAAAUUAUUGUAACGAUGAUGAGAAAUCAGCGAAGCGAGACGUUUCAAAAACCGGAAAUCCAAUGAAAGAUGAUAAACAGGAUCCAAAGUUUGUCCCUAGAUCACUCCAGACACUUCAGAAACAGAAACCAGGGUCCGAGGCGACUGAAACAGAAAAAGAACCGCCUAAAGCGAUUGGAAGGCCUUUCAGAUUGAAUUUAAAUAGGAGUGGUGACAGUUUAAAGUCGACAGAAACGAAAGCGGCACUACGAGUGGAUACGAAAAAAAAACCGACAUCAGCUACCGCGAGGGAUUCAUUGCGAUCUAAGCCCACGCCGAAUAAAGAUUUCAACGAGGAUGGAAAUUACGAACCUGUAGAGAAAAGCAAAGAGACAAAACUCCAAUUGAGAGAGACGCUCACAAGUAGUAAACCGAAGGAAGUUUCUAAACCAGCAGAAACUCAGCUGGGCAAAAUUAAUCCGACAGAAAACGCUAAGAACUCUGGCGAGAAAAAUCAUUCAAACGUGACCAACAAGCGCGCUGCUGGGGGCGCUGCAGUUAAUAUUCAAGAGAACCCACUGUUGAAGGACGAAGCGAAUAUUUAUCAAGUCCCAAACGUGGUUUUACCACCUAAACCUGCCCGAUCAAACGACCAAGGUUGUGCGGAGUGUAACGAACCACAUAUUUACGAUACACCGAUGCAUUACAAAACACCACCAUCGUCGCCUUCGACGAAAAAGCGAGGGAUAGAUGAAACAACAGUCGAGAAACCGAAAGAUAAAAAUCAUAAAUCAAAAGAUGGUUCAUCAACUCUGAAGCCAACAUCAUCAGUAAUCAGGAAGACUAAAGAGCAAAUGAAGAACAGAAUGGCUUCGUAUGAGAGUAUAGAUACAGAAGGCAAGCGCUCUACGGAGAGCAUCAAGGAUGCGGUGCUUGCAGUAAAGGAGACCAAAGAAAAACUGCUCGCGCCAAAGAGGCGACCGAAGUUACGAAUUUUACUGGGCAUGUUUUUAGGAUUGCUUCUGGGUGUUUUCAUCUUUUUGACAUUUUUUCUCCUCGCUCAUUUGCACGUUGUGACGAGCAUCGUUUCCGCUCUUAUCGUGGGUUUUGUUGUGGCAACAAUUUUCGGAUUUCUCGACAAGACGCGACUCCAAUGCAUCGCUUUACUGGUUUUCCCAAGCCUAUUUGCAUGUGGUGGGAAAAUUUCCCUCUGGUUGCUUAUCACGUUUUUCAUCCUUUCUGGUCCAAUGUGCAAUUUUAUUGAGAAUGUACGCUUGGUCACCCAUCACAGAGCUUGCCUAAUGGACACUGAACAUUUCGCGGACAAUAGUAGUGAUAAUCCAGCCAGAUUUGUUCUGGCUGAUAAAAAUAAUCGUGCUGUGGUACAACGUUUGAUAAUGUACGAGAACAUUUCACACGAACUGCAAGAAUACAUGAAUAAUUCCCUGUUGUCAUCAGCUGAUAGUCUAGAUAACUUGUCUGCUGAUAAUAAUUCAUUUGAGCCAAUUUGCAUGAGUUCUCUGCGGCGCGCAUUUAACAUCUGCGCCUCUGAGAUCGACAACAUGUACAGCCAAUGUACGAAACUGAACCCACCAAACUGUCAAUUUCUUACGCCAAGGAACGCUUGUGAUCACCUCACUGACAGCCAGAUAAGAGAAACGUGCAAAGACAUCAACAACGCGAGUUAUCACACGUUAUCACAAAUUGAGAAAAUAAUUGGACGUUUCCCCGAGCGAAUGGCAACAAAAGAUAGUAUCACGGACAAAAAUAACACUGUUGUCGCAACAGGGGAACCUUGUGACUUUGUCCAUAUCAUAACUCUGUUGUUACCUUUAUUGGUUUUAAUUGUAUUGUACGAAGCGUACAGUUAUCACAAGUGGUAUCUUUCUUGCAAUGAGUUUGACAAUCACUAUCUCACGCUUCGCUUCAAGUCGAUCGAGGACAUGCGCAAGUCAAGCGGAGCCGCUGACCUACUGGUUCCACUGAAGAAAGCCGAGCUACAGAGAUUCGUUCAACCAACUGGCUGUCAACUGGCUAAGAGCGAGAAAAGAAGCAUGCUGAAAUACUUGAUGUUUUACUUUGUUUAUUUGAUUUAUGCCCUUAUAAUUAUUUUCUUAGAUCAUUACUUUUAUCUUGUUAUCACUCGAGAGGAACCACGUUCCAAUAUUCCUGGUAGGUGCGAUGGCACACUCAAGAGGCUGAACGAGUCUUACGUCAUCGUCUUGUCAACUCUUCUGGGAGUUCUGCUCUUGAUCAUCAUUCUCCAAGCCUUUAUCCUUCGCCUUCGCCGUUUGAUUGCGUCGCGCUUCUACCCCAGACGAGAGAGAAAACGCAUUGCUUACCUUUACUACAAACUUCUUGAAGAGCGCAAGCUGUUUUACAAAUCGGUUAUCGAAAAUAUGAACAACUUCUCUGAAGAAAAUGAAACACUCAACAAGCUGGACGCAGUACUGGUUUUGUGUAAUAAUUUCAGCUGGAUAAAAGCAGUGUUCGAGUUUGUAGGAGUCAGUGUUCAAAGAUGUUCUGUAUGUGGCACUGGACUUAGCAGAAAGUACUUGCACUGUGACACGGAAGACUGUGAGGUAUUUUACUGCCGAACCUGCUUCUGGGACCUGGAAAAUAAGUGUCUUGGCUGCAUGAGCAACAGCAAGAUGACGUCACGGUCGUCGAGCAUGAGUGGCCAAUCACAGAGAAGAAAGAACGAUUACGUCAAACCUGUUUGAGGAUACUACUUCUCGAUGGCUACUUAAAUGAACUCUCUAUGGCGUGUUGAAAAAACAAUUUUUAACGAGUAUUUAGACAGAAAUAUGCGCUUGAACUUUACUGAGGACAAAUUUUAUGCGCAUUUUAAAUUUAUUUAAUUUGAAUAUACUAUAUUUCAACGCGGUUUGUUUUUAUUUUUCACAUUUAAUGUAAAACUGUCUAAGUGUCGCACUCUUCGCUUUUGACACCAGAAAUUAUAUUAAUUUGCAAUGACCAAGGAUUUCGAUGUACAUAGAAUUAGGGCAAAGGAAAAUCCGUAGUUUUAGAGGAGGAAACACAAAUUUAAUGUUGACAGAUUUUGAACUUUAGUGAUAUGGGCAGAAAAGGAAGACUAAAAGACCAUGAAUUGAAUAAAAUGGGAGAAUAGUUCUGGGUAACGUAGAUCAGUUCUGUGUUUCUCUACAUGGUUUUGUGCGCAGUUAAACAGACCUUUAAAUUACACUUAUCCCUAGCAUGAGGAACCAAUGCAUUUGUAACGCAUUCUCCGCCAUGAUAACGCUCUUUGUUGUGAGCUUUUACUUCACGCUCGGACCAAGAGAAGAUUAAAGCGGUCUCUGGUUUAGCAGGCCUUUUGAAAAACGUUACCAGUUAAAAGUAAGAAUGGAAAUUAUGAUAGCACUUCCUGCUGACCAUUAUUGUUAAUGACAUGAUUUAAGAGAAGCCAGGUCCUUGCGAGACACGUGGAGAAUAGAAAAAUAGCGUUUACUUCAAUAAAAGUAACAAAAGUAUUGUUGGGA